GUCACAAUUGUCAAAUUUUCCAUGUCUGUUGUUGAAAAUUGCAAACAUUAUUUUUUUAACAAAGAAGUUUUGCAACUAUUUUAGCAAAUAAUUUGUAUAUAAAACCAGCUCAAAUUUAUAAUCAUUGUUCAAAAUGGAAAAUAUGGAAGUAGACUUUGGGGAUAUACCCAGCAUGAGUGAUAAGUCGUCGAAUAAUAAAGUUGCUGGUGCUUCGAACAUAAUGGCCGGUCCUGGAACAGUUCCGUCUGUAACUAUAUCACUGCAUCCUCUAGUUAUAAUGAAUAUAUCUGAACAUUGGACACGAAUUCGAGCUCAAGCCGGAGAACAUCGCCAAGUCUAUGGUGCCUUGAUUGGCAAACAAAAGGGACGCAACAUCGAAGUGAUGAACUCCUUCGAAUUAAAGACUGACGAGGUCGGCGAGGAUGUCAUUAUCAACUUGGACUACUACAACACCAAGGAAGCACAGUACAAGCAGGUAUUCAGUGAACUAGAUUUCAUUGGCUGGUACACGACCGGCGAGUUUCCUACUGAAAAAGAAAUCAAAAUACAAAAACAAAUAGCCGAUAUCAACGAAUGUCCCAUCAUGCUGCAACUUAAUCCAGUCUCACGCAAUGUCGAUCAAUUGCCACUGAAGCUUUAUGAGUCUGUAAUUGAUAUUGUUCAAGGCGAAGCAACAAUGUUGCUCGUUCCACUCGUUUACACUCUAGCGACUGAGGAAGCAGAACGCAUUGGUGUUGACCAUGUCGCUAGGAUGUCAACCAAUGAGACCGGCGAGAAAUCUGUUGUGGCUGAGCAUUUGGUAGCUCAAGACAGUGCCAUUAAAAUGCUCAAUACUCGAAUUAAAAUCGUACUAAAAUACAUAAAAGAAGUUGAAGCCGGAAAACUUGAACCAAAUCAGGAGAUUUUAAGGGAGGCUUAUUCGUUGAGCCAUCGCUUGCCCGUUAUGCAAGGACCUGGCUUCAAGGAAGAGUUCUACACACAAUGCAACGAUGUUGGUUUGAUUACGUAUUUGGGUGCUCUUACCAAAGGAUGCAACGAUAUGAAUCAUUUUGUUAAUAAAUUCAAUGUUUUGUACGAUCGUCAGGGUUCAGGACGAAGGAUGCGUGGACUUUUCUAUUAGAAUUAUUAUCGCGCCUGUCCUAUCGUCUUGAAUAUCAAGAUAUCUAAUGUGUUAUAUAAAAUUUGAUUUGUCUAGCUGCUAAGCUUUCUCAAUAAAAUAAUAAUAAAAAUAAA